CCCUGGGCAAAGUACGGUGGAAGAUCUGCGGAUGAUCUUCUCAGACCACAUUUCUCGUCGUUUUCAGGAGCGUCUUUCAAGUGCGAAUCUGAAAACUCAAGGGGAAAUCAAAAGAAAGCGACGUUAAGAUGGGCUCCAAUGUGUCAACUGAGCAGGAGAGGAGUCAGGCUGAGCUGAGGAGUCAGGCUGAGCUGAGGAGUCAGGCUGAGCUGAUAUUUCAGACUCAGCUGAAGAUUCUGGCUGAGCUGAAGAGUCAGGCUGUGCUGAAGUUUCUGGCUGAGCAGGAGCAGUGUCAGACUGAGAAGUGUUAUGACCCUCGAGACUCGACACUCACAUUUGUGGACAGAGAGGACGAGUUAGACUUUCUGUGUGAAGGUUUCAAGUCUCGCAGAGCUCUGAUGUCCUGUGGUCACGCUGUGACUCCGACGUCUCUGACCAAGUGGUGUCGCAGGUUACUGGAUGAGGGUGAAAGCAGAUUCACAUGUGGACAAAGUGGUUGUGAUGUUGAGUGGCCUUACUCAGAGGUUCGUAAAAUGGCUCUUCUGACACCUGAAGAAAUGGAGUACUUUGAAGAAACCUCGGCUUCCAAUGCUAUGAAGCAUUACUUUGAUGCCAAAUCAUGUCCUGGAUGCAGAUCUUCUUUGGUGAGAAAGGAAACCUCUAAUCUGAGCGUCCACUGCACAGUGUGCACAGCAAACAGAGGACGGGUCUAUGAGUUCUGCUGGCAGUGUUUGAGGGAGUGGAAGGGUCCGGCUCCGCGCUCAGACCGCUGUGAAAACGACGGCUGCUGCAACGAACCACUGAAAGUGCUGAAAAACUGUCCAGAUAUCAUCUUUCAGUCUGUGACAGGGGUCACUGGCUGUCCCUCCAUCCGAGCCUGUCCCACCUGUGGCUCACUGGUGCAGCAUGACACAACAGGAUGUAAAAAUGUUGUUUGUAUCCAAUGUAGGAAGGAGUUUUGUUUUGUGUGCCUGAAGCUGACAGAAGAUUGUUUGAAGACAAGUAGUUAUUACAUACCAUGCUCCGGUGGUGUUGCCCCCAGACAGACCUCUAUACCUGUGUGGAAGAAGGAAUAAAGUAAACAACUAUUUCCUUAGAUGUGUCUUUUCUCAAGUAGUACAGUAGUACAGUCUGUUUACUACAGUAUAUAACUGUUGAUAUGUGCCAGGCAAGUGCAGGCUGUUUGUUUUUGUUUUCUCCCUCUCCCUCUCCCCCCUCUGUCUCUCCCUCUAGGUGCUGACUGGUGAUUGGGCUCCACCUGAUUAGACUAGGGGAGGAUGGCUUAUUGAGCUCCUGGCUGCCCCAGUGGCCAAUCAUCUGCCUCGAGUCCUCCAAUAAAAGGGGAGCCUGAAUGAGAUCUCUCUCUCAUUUUGCCGGAUAGUGAUAAGCCUGCCAGUUGUGUUCAUGUAUUAAAGGUUAGUGGUGGGUGCCACCCGCUGUAUUGUUUUGGAGGCUCUUGUCUUAGAUUAGGUAGAUAGGUUUUCUUUUGUGUGUUUUUGUCUCAGUAGAUGAAGAUAGCUUAGGCCUCAUUUUCUUUUAUUGGGUUCAUUUCUUUGGCACACCACCUUUGUCCCUUCCUCCCCCACAUUUGACUUCCUUGUUGAGACCCUCAGGGUGUAAUAAACUACUUUCUAGUA